AUGACAGAGAAACGAAGGAGACGUACGGGCUGCCUUACUUGUCGUGCACGGCACGUCAAGUGUGACGAGAGGAAACCCGAAUGCGAGCGUUGUGAAGCUGGCAAUAUCGAAUGCGCGGGUUAUCUUCCAAAGAAGCAAGUUCAAGUACGCGAGCCGCAGCGUCGCAGUCAUCGUCGUGGGGCUUCUUCAGCUCUGAACAGCGCACAAUCUCUUUCUCCGGAUUCUCCAUCUUCUCCAUCGUCAGUUGGAGAUGCAUUGAACUAUUCUCAGCAACUUUUCCGCAACGAUGGUCUCCCACUCAUUGGAUUGCCCAGCAAUCCACGUCCCUCUCAGCGGCCACUCGCUGGGGCACGAGAGGUAUUGGCCUAUCACCAGUUUCUAUUCCGCACAUUGCCAAUUUUAUUCCCAGCAGAGCACUUGUGGUUCUGGAGAGAUCGUCUGUGUGAGGAAGCAUGGGGCAUCGAGUAUCUCUACAUGAUGUUUUCUUCCCUAGGAAGCAUGCAUCGCGCCGUGUUAAUGAUGUCGAUGCCUGGAGAGAACGAUCAAGAUCGUGGGCUUGACACGAAAGUAAUUGCCAUUCAAGCGUACACCUUUGCUCUCCAAGAAUUAAGUCGCAAUUUUGAGGAGGCAAAGAAGACACAAGAUAUUCGCAUUGCGACGCUGAUACUGAUGGCCUAUUUUGAGUGUUUCGCAGGUAAUAUAACAGCAGCAUGCGGCCAUAUACAUUCAGCGAACCACUACUUCGAGAUGUAUAAAGGCAGUGUGUCGCAUUCACAAACUAUUGGCGUCCCUGCUUUAGACUGCCUCGAUACAGCUCUUCAGGGGCUCAGUUGGGCACGAUUCAUGGCACUCCCACUUCAAAACAUAAUUCACUCAACACGACGAGCACUGACGUGCGAUGAAGCCUGUGCAACGCCGUCGUCUCUAAGACAGAGUCUCCUCAAUCUCUUGGCUGGGUCGGGAUUGGAGGAUCUCAUUUGGAAUUUGGUUCCACGAUAUUCUAAGUCAAUGGCACUAACGAAGCUUCACUGGCUGAAACAAAAGCUACGAGCGUGGAGAAACUCCAACAAGUCAAUUCUGCUGCCUUUAGCAUCAGACACAGCCGAACCAGGCGAAAAAAAUCCUGAAAUGCAGGCAUUUACGCUCCCACCUCUCCUCCAUAAGACGACAACACCAUACGACGCAUCUGCGAUUCUAUGCAGCUUUCUUUUUGGUCGCACUUUUUGGUUGCUAUCAAUAUUAGAAGGUGGGCAGAAUACAGAGGCGUACAAGCAUCUAGCAUAUCUGCAUCUCUACGAAACUAUGCAGUUUGCAGCAACAGAAGGGUCGUUCAAAACAACAUUGCCAAGUAGCAACGGCUCUCAAAGUCCAGCUUCUUUACUAUGUGAAGAUGUCGAAAACGGCACCUUGCCGAUGCUUUACGUAGUCGGGCAAUGCAGUCCUCAACCAUCGUGGCUCCUUUGGAUCGCACAACUAAUGAAACACAUCGGACGGCAAGGUCUAUAUAACGGCCUCGUCUAUGCCACCAGUCUCGAAACAUGGCAUUCCUUUGAGGUCAGCAACAGCCUUCUGAGGCAAGAUUCACUAGAGCAGUACCCAAGUCCUGCAUUACGGACCAUCUCAGUCCUCAUUCCCGACGCUGUUGGAAGCAACUUCAUUACAUAUUACGCUAAGCCAGCAGGAAUAGACGGGUUAUUGAUGAGCAAUGAUGGCCUAAUGUACUAUCUACUUGGUCACACUCAUAUAAUAUAUCGACCUGCGGAUGGCCAGAUCGAGCAGGAUACCCAUAUCUAUCAUCAACAAGGAUUAGGAAUGGAAUUAUUCACGCCUGAUUGGCUCCAGAGCCGGGCAAUCUGCCUCGAGUGGCGACAGCGGUCACUACAAGUAGAGUUUGAGCUGGACAGGAUACUACAAGACCACAUCAAUGGGGGACAACUUUUGGUACCUGUAAAAUAUGACUAA